AGAAAGCUUAAUCCGCGACCUUCAGCAGUUCUCCUCUUCCUUCUGCAUGUACCAUGUCUGGCAUCGUUCGUCCUCGUCCACGCUAUGCUGAAGGAUUCCAAAACAGAGAUUCCAAUCCAAUACGCAAGACUGCGUCAGUGCUCUCAUUGUCUUCUUUAAGCAAUUCCGGUUCUACACUCUGGGGCCUUUUUGAACGUUUUCGGUUGGAGAGCGACGAUGAAGACGACAGUUCUGGCGAAUGUCCUUCACCCGAGGGUUCUACAAACGUCGCUUCCAGCACUAUGAAUGAUCGAGGACGCGUGGAUGGUCGUGUUAAUGGAAAUGGCCACACCUCGUCCUUGGACCAGAGACCCAUUCCUCAUUCACCGGCCGCUGUGAGUCGCUCCACAGUUCGUUUUAGGGUCUUGGGAGUCAUCAUCGUGAUGUUUUUGGGCUGGUCAUUUACAUAUCUUGCCGAAAAGCUUCUUCUCGAAGCUAGACUUCCCGGUCUUCGAUUCACAGUGCAUUCACAACAGUACAAGCCGCAUUGGUCGCUCUUAUUUGGAUUUGCUGCUAUUCUUGUGGGCUUCUCUUUCCCAUAUGCGGAUCGUUUGUCUCACAAUGGCCAUCGACUUGUUGCACGGCCCUUUGAAUGGAAUUUGAUUGUCCGUUCCAUUAUGGCCUUGUCGUUUGUCUUGAUUGGAUUAAAGCGGUGCUUGGGAACAGACGUGAAGCAAACGGCCAUUGGCUUUGCUGUCAACGCCUUAAGCGUUUGGUUUAUUUUCGAUCAUACCAAGACUGGCUUUGUCAUGUCUUCCUUUUUUUCUUCCCUCGGUACCUUCCUAUACACGGCUUUUGUUGAAGUGAAUUUAAGUCAAGGGGAAAGUAUUCACAUUUCUAAAAGUCUGAGAUACUGGCUGCCGUCCAUCAUCUUUUUUGCAUGUACAGUUAUUGGCAACGUUGGCCGUCUCGUCUUUUAAGUUUUGAAAAGGAACCAAGCAGCUUGAUCCACUACAAUUCUACUUAACGUUUCAGUAUUCUGUGUGAUAUUAUAGAACGCAGUAGCAGCAAUGAUGACAGCGUAAAUUGAACUCGAGUUCAUCCGUUUUUGUCUCCCCAAACUUCAUUCCUCUUACCAAUCUCACCGAUGAACCUUGAUGA